UGCAGAGGCAUGUUGGGCUCUACUGCUAAUGGUCGUUUAAUGGGCCCUGGUGUUGGUUCAUCAACGUCGUCGUCACUAUCUGCCGCUGCCGCCGCACUGCAACAGCAGCAGUCCUCGCACACGUCACAACAGUACCACCCGCUCGGUCACCAUCCGUUUCCGGGGUUGCCGUCGCAUCAUCACCACCACCACCAUCACCACCACCAGCACCAUACGCUGCAGCCGCAACAUCCUGCGCUUCCUUCGCAUCAUCACCGAAGCAUAUGGCCGUCGCUGGGCGCAGCGCCUGGUCGAACUGCAUUCGAGCUGCAAACCGCAGCCAAUGGCGAAGUGACGGAAUCGCUGUUUGCCGCCGGAGGAUAUAAUACCCCGCCCGCAAGCUCACCGUUUCUUCCCUGCUCGCCGCUAGAGUUGGUGGCUAAAAAUUUUCACACCACCGGAGCCGCACUAUCCUUCAGCCAGGCCAACAGCAGCAUCUUCGUGCAAUCGCAGACCGACUUUAUCAAUGGCACCACGGCGGUCGCGAAGAAAACCGAAACCUGCAUCGGACGCUGGGAGCACGGCACGAUAGAACCGCUGCAGAUACAGGUUCCGGCUAGCGUGCCAGUACCGGUGGGCCAUUUUGCCCUCGAAUCCCCCGCAGGUGGCCCGUUCCCAACGGACGAGUCUCCCCUCAUCCGAGGUCCACAUCCCGGCGAACGGUGGCUCGGCAAGGAUCAGCUCUUGGAGUCCAUCCUCCAGUACCACCAGCCUCGGGCGGAAGACACCGAUCCUGCCCCCGAGUCGACGGCGCUCCUGAGCCCGACCUCUCCCACGUCGUCCCCCUCCGAGUACUGUCGGCUCAAGCGCAAGCUACACUCGCUGCUGCUCGAAUCGUCGCGUCCUUCGGAACGUCCCUCUGGGGUCCAAUCGCCCCAGACACCGCUCCCGGAAGGGUGUCCAGAGCCCCGCAGUGCGGCCCAACCACCGCAACCGGCCGCCCAACCCGCGCUCACUAGCGCAGCCAUCAACCAACGGCCCCGGCGUCGCUGGGCGGCUCUUCACUUGCAGCACGCGUCGCCGGAAGCGUCCGAAGGGUCCGCUGGUGGACGGAAGUCUCCCGGUGACGGACCGGUAGAGCAGCGCCUGCCCAAGAAGCGACGCUUGGUGCGGCCAGAUCGCACGGAACAACCCGCCAUCGCGCACCGUGACACGGACCACGAGGCCGUUGUUCACAUCAAGCGCGAACCGUGCCAGGUGUCGGAAGUGACCACCUCGAACAGCUACGAGGCGACGACCAACACGACGGCACUGAAUGCCAUCAUAAAAAUCGAAGCCUCCUCCCCGAAGGCCGGUGGCAGUAACGGCGCCGGUAACGCUGGCAGCAGCUUUCCGAGCCAUUCGGGUCCAACGCGAACCGCGAACCUGCUCAGCAGCAUCAUCAGCAACGUCACCGUGAGUGACGGUAGCGCUGGCUCCACGAUGGAGCACCUUGGGCUAGCGUCAACCACCAGUAACCCGCAUCCCGGCCCGACGACAGGCUCCACGGCCACAGCCACCAUUCCCGUUGGCAUUGCAGUCGCACGCCAGCGCCUUCAGGAAAGCUCAGCCACACCGUCACCGCAGCUGCACCAGACUAAGGAGCUGAAUCGGUUCAGCCUGGGACUGGCAGCUGCCGCCAACGGUACAUCGACGGGUACAUCGACAGACUUAGGCUGCGCAACACCCGGUCUGAGCCAGAGCAUGUUUUUUACGGGCACCAACUCCACCAUGAUCCCGCUCUCGUCGGAUGCCGUCGCGAUGGGCGUGACCAAUGCGGCGGUCCAGAAUGCCGUCCGAACACCGCCCGCCCUGUGGCAGUAUCCUGCUCCCGUCCCCAUGGAAUCCAUGCUACCAUUGCCGCCGAUACCGCCCGUCGGGUUCCAGCUGAUGCGUGACCCCAGCACCGGCCAGAUUUUGUUCCUUCCAGCUGCGGCCGCAAUCGCCAAUCCGUCAAAUUUGCUAGAUAAAAUCUAUAUUUCUUGCAUAGAACCAUUCCAACAAGCGGUCGUGUGGCCCUCGUACCCGCAAUCAUCGGCGGCCCUGCAGUCGUCCCAUCUGCUCCUGCCCCAGUUACCCCCGACCCAACUUCAACCACCCCCGCUGGCACCACUGCAGAUGGUGAGUUCGGACUAUCUCACCACGGCCAGCACCACGCUGCAUCAGCAACACACCCAAACUCACCACAGCACGCGUUAUCUCGCGCUAACGUCCGACUCGAGUGGCAAGCGAUCGACGAUCGCCAGUGGAAAAUCGCAAUCCCAAACGACAACCGGAUCGUCCUCGUCCGGACCGGUGACAUCCUGCGGUCAACCGACGGUUCCGCUCCCAAUGCCGGCCCCGCAUGCCUUCAUCAAGCUCGAGGAUUGCUCGACAGCGGCCGGAAUCGCCACAGCCCUUGCGGCCACGUCCUCAGGCUCGUCGCAUCUCACGACGUCCCUGUUUGGAGCGUUAAGUGAGGCCGACAAGGCGAUGGCUUCCUCGACAACCGUGCCACCACCGCUCGGUGCCGGCCACGGUUCUGGACCACCACAUUUGGCCCUGUCCAGUGACAUAUCGCCCCAGCUGCUGUUCCAGUCGGGCAAUUUGAUCCACAUCACGACACCACACCACGCGCCAAAGUCUCAUUCCGCGAGCCACGCGCUGCUGGACACUUCCGCGGCCAUGAAUGCUGCUGUGGGGUCUGCGGUGGCCAACCCCACGCCACCACCCUCUGCCGUACCGACGACGGUUACUUCGACGGCUCUGUUGGCUGGGUUAAAUCAAGCGACGAAUACGUCCUCAGCCCAAAUCGGUGCUCCGGAACUCCCAACGGCGGCCACCUGCCUAACGCCACCUCCCGACACCACUACGGCCCUGCACGAGACGCAGGAAGCAGGCAACGGUGAGACGGGCGGCGAAACGCUCGAACCACCGGAAGUUCAAGACGCCAACAUCCAAACGGACACGCCGAUCAUGAGUGAGGACGAAACGACGCAACCACCGGGUGGUGCGGAUCCGGAAGCGACAACCGAGGCGACCCUUACGGCCGCUUGCCAUGCGCUCGCGACCGAGCAACCCCUGUGCCAUAGUACGCUGAUCAACAACAGCGGUGAUUCGGCCAUCGAGCCCGAUAUGUCUUCGUCCUGCGGGCUGCUGAGCGCCUCGCUGGCUUCCGCUUCCAACUGUGAUCAGGUCGACAUGGAGCUGGAAGCUGCCGGUCGGCCACAGACCGAACCCGAGAACCUUUCGCUGCUGCCCGGGGUGCUGGUUGGUGGCCAGCGAAGGAUUCCCAAGCUGGAGGUGCAUUCACCCACCGCUGCUCCGGGUGCUCAUUCGCAGGACGAAAAGACGGUCGUAGGAUCGAUCGUCGUCCCGGUGGGUGUACGCACGCACCAGGAGCAUCCUGUGGAUCUGAGCGGAUUGGAGCUGCUUUCGCACAGCAUCGAGGUGUUCCAGAAGAAAAGCUCCCUCAUCAAAAAGGAACCGAUCUCACCGCAGCUUCCGAUUGAACCACCCGCACUCGUACCCAUAUCGGCACCUUGCCAGCCUCACCCGACCGUGGUACUUCCGGCCAGCGUGCCGGAAGCGUUCCUACGAGCGGACGAACCGAUGGGUGGACUGAAUCUGCUGUGUGCCCUCGCGGAACAGCGCUUCCAGGAGGAAGGAAUGUACAAAAAGGACUCACCCUCGCUGUCCUCGGGCAGUCCGGGCAGCAGCAUAAGCGGUAGCCUGUCGGUAGCGAGUGGUUCCAGCAGCGCAGGAUCCCCACCAGGAUCGCCUCCGAACAGCAAAGUAGGCCCACAGGAGAACCACCUGCAACAGGACACCGGUGGUGUGGCUGCGUUACCAAUGGUCGGCUCGGGUGCUGGCAUCACGCUGGAGACGAUUGCCCGGAAGCGCAAGCACCACAAACAUUCCAAGGAUGCGUCCGGGAAGCGAUCGAGCAAACGCUCGAAGCACGAACGAGAGCAACGGCGGGCGGAAAAGCGCCGAAAGCAAAGCUCGGAUAGCGGCCCAACCGAGGCUGGUGGUGCCGAUGGUGAGCUGGAUGCGGAGCUGAAGGACAGCCUGACGCGCGUGAAGGCGAAACUGAACCGUUGCAGCUGCAAGGAUGGCGACGAGAAGGAUCACCGGUGUUGCCGAACGCAGUGGCCAACGGCAAACGAGCUGUUCAGUGUGAUCGAGUCGGACAUGAAGGAGCGGCUGGAACGGAUCACGCGCCAGUGCGAGGAAAAGAAGCGUGAACUCGAGCAGAUGAGUACGGCCGCGGUUGCGAAGGUGAAACCGUUGGCCAACAGCGGCAUGGUGCGCAUCCCCGAGAUGGGGAAAGCGUUCUUUGGUGGGUUUGGAGCAGUGGCAGCUUCCGGUGGGAUGCUGAACACGUUCGGUUCCGGUACCACCGUGGGAGGAGGUGGGGCCAUGUUGGGCCAUGGGCUUGGUGGUGCUGGGCCAAAGUUUAGCACCAUACCGGCGCUGUCGCCCAACUUCUCGUCCUCAUCCAACUCGACCACGUUCGUGGAGCUGCCGAAGCUAAGCUCGGACACGGAUUCGAGUGGCAAGCGGGAGGACGAUGACGCUUGCUCGAUGGAACGGUUGUCCUACUCGAAGCGUAAGGGUGGCAUUCCGAAAAAGCACGACGAGCUGACGCUAACGGAGACGAUUGUGGCCAAGAAACCGAAGAGUCUCGUCGGGUACAUCCUGGCGUCGAAGAACACGCGCGAUAGCAGCGUCAAGGAUGCGGUCCAUCAGAAGAUGGAGAAGCCACAUCACAACCACUGGAGCCACGUGUUGCAUCAGACGACGACGGGUGGUACGAACGGUCAGCUGGGAUUGAGUCUACCCAAGCAGCACCACCACAUCAGUGAGUCAAAGUUCAAGAAGUCACCGAUCCACUCGUCUAAGUUCGAGAGCACAACUAGCGACGACACCAGCAACCUAUCGGACAGCUCGCUGAAGCCGCAGGUGAAGAUCCGUUCACCGGCCGGUGGUGUGUUUGCGUUCGAGGACGAAAACAGCAAACCCUCGGAGGCGUCCUUUUCGAUCUUCGGUGGUAAACCGUCGAUCUUCGACAAAGUGAAGACGGGCGCGUCCGUUGGACCACAGGUUGGUCCGCUCGUUGGGCUGAAGGUGUCCCCGGUGAAGGCGGCCGUUGUGACGCCACUCAUGAAGCCGCAACAGCCGACCGGAAAUGGUACACUUGUGCACGCGGGCCCACUCGGUGCGAGACCUGCGAUCAAACGGAAGAAGUCCCGCAGCAAGGAUCGCAAGCGGCGCAGUUCGGAGAAGAAGCGCAUCGAUCAGAGGUGUCUGUUGACGAGUGAACACCUGGGUAAGGAUAAGACACGGGUCCUUACCGCGAUGGGUGGGUUGUUUUAUGCUGGAUGUUUGAGUGCGGUACAACCACCGGACAUUUACGCGGUCACGCUGGAUGGUGAGCGUGGCAACCGACCUCAUAUCAUGUCACGCGAGGAAGUACUUCGAGAUGCGAUCCUGGAGGUGGCACCGAAGUCUGUGGAUGACAUCAUCCCUGGUACGCGACUCUGCGCCUACUGGAGCCAGCAGUACCGCUGCCUGUAUCCGGGUGUUGCGGCCGAACCGGCCUCACCAGAUCCGGAAAAGCGCUUCGUCAACGUUGAGUUCGACGACGGAGACAAUGGCAAGAUCGCGCUCGAGGACAUCCGUUUCCUGAUGAGCGAUUACCCGAUAGUCGAAUACGAUCCCAAUCCUCUUUUAUCGCUAGGCAAGCGAAAACGCCAGCCAAGCCACUCCGAACUUGCCUGUGCCCAGUUCGGUACCCUUGGCCCGGUUGCGGUGUUGCCAAAUGGUACCACCUCCAUCACCACCAGUGCCGUUUCGGGCCCAAACCAUCCACCAGCCGGCAACCUGCCCGGCCAAGGACACCCGAGCCACACGCCACUAACGGCCACCGUCACGCCAAUGAUGUCUUCACCUCUGGCCGGUGGUUCGACCAUCAACAGCUUCGCGUUGGCCACGGAACGGGCCGAGAAGCGUCUCCACGACGAGGCGUACCGAGAGGAGCGACGUCGGUUGAAGAAGAUCCGCAAGGAUAAACUGCGCCGCCUGGCGGCAAAUAACGCCGAACUUGCGUCGAUGGCUGCGGCGGCAGCGACAGGAGUGGCAGGAGCGACGACGACGACGACGACGAUGACGACAGCAGCAACGGGUCUGGUUGCGACGCACAAGCACAAGAAGUCAAAAACGAAGUGCUACGAUGAGUUCUGCAAACACCGGAAGCACAAGAAAAGGCGAAAGCACAAGAAACACCACCGGAUUCCGGUUUCUCCGGUUGGGCCCGUCGGUGAUGUGACCGGAUCGAUGGAUGACGACAUUUCGCAGGCUGACAGUGCCUCACAGACGGCUGGCCAGUUUAGUCCGGCUCGGUGUCCUCCGGUGGUGGCCGGAGAACCCGUCCAACCUGCACCCGAGAAGGAGGACACACUGACGGAGGAAGAAGUCAGCUCGUCUGUGACCGAGAGCUCGGGAUCGUACUAUCAGCCACAGAAAAAGACCACGACGUUGGAGCGCAAGACGUCGACCGAGCAGAAUGGGAGCAAAAUUGCCGCGUUCCUACCGGCACGCCAGCUAUGGGCCUGGUGCGGCAAGGGCUACAAACGGUCGGUGGGUCGCGUGAAGAAGCAAUUCUAUAAGUCGAUCCAGCGUGGCAAGGAAACGAUUUCGGUUGGCGACUCCGCUGUGUUCCUUUCGACGGGCCGGCCCGAUCGACCGUACAUCGGACACAUCGAAUCGAUGUGGGAAACCUCCACCAACAGCAUGGUGGUGCGCGUCAAGUGGUUCUAUCAUCCGGAGGAAACACAAGGCUGCCCCAAUCUCAAGUAUCCGGGGGCGCUGUUUCAGUCACCGCACGAGGACGAAAACGACGUGCAAACGAUCUCGCACAAGUGUGAGGUGUUAUCCCUGCCCGAAUACACCGCCAAGUUUGGCACCGAACCGAAGCAGUACAGCUCGAUCUACGACAACAACGACACGUACUACCUGGCCGGGUAUUACGAUCCCACGGUUAAGACAAUCAAGAUGCAGCCCGAGAUCGAGGUCCUGCCACCGAACGUGCGGUGGGUCACGACGACAUCAUCCGCAACGGUAGCCGGAUUGACACCUGCAAAGCCAUUGCCCGCUGCUAGCACCACCAAUGGCAUCGCCAAAGCAAGCAGUAAUGGGGGUCAGAGUGUCGUGUCUGCUUAA